CUUCCCUAACCGAAAUUCUCUCUAUUUUUCGAAUAAAUCAUGUUAGUCCCGUUGGGUACGUCUUCUGAGACCGCUUAUGGUCUCUCCGUCGCCCUUGCCGUGACACCCCCAAACCACAGCAGACCAGACCAUGCUCUUCUUCUUCUUCCCUAUCAGUCCCCUCCUGCUCUCUCUUCCUUCCUCCUCCUUCUUCCUCUUUCUCCUGCUCCCUCUUUGUUCGCCGGCAACCGAUACUUCCGGCCACCUCUCUUACACCUGGAAGGACCUUUGGCGCUUCGCGGACGCAACACCUGGCAGCCAUGUCAUAGGCAUGUCAGAAAUCAAGCGCUACCUGCAUCAAUUCGGCUACUUCCCAGCUGGAAGCAUCGGCUUCUCCGAUCACUACGACGCCAAUCUCCAGGCCUCGCUCCGGCUUUACCAGACGAGGCUCGGCCUCCCGGUAACCGGCACCCUGAACAGACCGACCCUCUCCCAGAUGAUAACCCCUCGGUGCGGGGUGCACGACGGCCAGGACUUCUCGGGCGUCGCUCGGCGGUACGUCUACUUCCCAGGCAGGCCGACGUGGCAGCCCGGUCGAAAGCAGUUGUCUUACUGGAUAUAUACGGACACGUUCCCUGAGUACCUGGAGGCCGCCGUAAUCCGGCAGGUGUUCGAGCGCGCCUUCGCCAAGUGGGCCGCAGCGAUCCCCAUGAACUUCACGGCGACUGAUCUGGAGGAAGCUGCGGACAUCCGAAUUGGAUUCUACAGCGGGGAGCACGGCGACCGGGAGCCGUUCGACGGGGUGCUGGGGGUACUGGGCCACGCCUUCGCGCCGGAGAACGGCAGGCUCCACCUGGACAGCGCCGAGACCUGGGCCGUCGAUCUGGAGGCGGACGGCUCGAAGGUGGCCGUCCAUCUGGAAUCGGUCGUGGUGCACGAGAUCGGGCACCUGCUGGGCUUGGGCCAUUCUUCUGUCAAGGAGGCCGUCAUGUACCCGAGCCUGCGGCCGAGAACCAGAAAGACGGACCUGAGCGUUGACGACGUCAAGGGCGUGCAGUCUCUGUACGGGUCAAACCCGAACUUCGUCCCUUCGUCCGUCCAGACCAACGACCAGCACGGCCAGCAGGUCGGCUCCGGCGCCUACACUCUAAACGGCCUCGAGCCAUGGUGUUUUCUUUUCCUCCUCUUCUCGAUAUUUUUCUGAUUUUUUUUUUUAUCUGGUUAAGAAAAAAAACAAAAGGAAAACGGAAGAUUUGGAUUUGUAAAUCAAGUUCAUUUGAAAAUCGCGUAAAUGCGAUUGUAUUAUAAAUUCAUAAUCAAAGAAAGAUAAGUGGUUGUUAAAGAAAGAUUCCUGGCCGU